UCCAAACACAGUGGAAAAACUGGCACGUGUGACUCAGUCAUCACCCAGAGAAAAGAUGAAAGCUAUGGCCUAUUCCCUACUAGCCCAGAAACAACCCCACCCACCUUCCCUACCCUCCACUAGUAAUAUGGACUAAUUUACAUAGUAUACUCUGUUUUCAUUACUUUGCUUCAUCUUUCGGACAUUUCCCCUAUUUAACCACUCUAUCCUGUUUCACAAAUAUCUUCUAUCAUCAUCCCCACAGAAUCUCUUUUUUCUUUGCAAAGCCAGUCUUUGAGUAAUUUUUGCAGAGGAAAUGUCAUCUUCAAUUGUGAAGUAUGCUUCUAAGGAUACUACUACUACUACUACUAGUAGUAGUAAUGGUCAUGAGGAUCAUGGGAAUGAACGGAUUGAUUUGCUUCAUGGGUCUGCCGAUUUAGGGGCUUCUCCCAGUCUCUCACUUCCAGCUGAAACUUUCCUUCAAGCAGCCAUUUCUCUCAAAGAUGAGGUGGUGCGAGUUACAUGGAGAGAAAAAUGCAGCAAUUAUGGUGGCACGGAUCCAUUUUUGUUCACGGGAUUACUUGGAACAGCUUUCACCUGCUUCCGAGCCUUUGAGGCUACUGGGAAUAUCCACGACCUGAGAUUGUGCACGGAGAUUGUUGAUGCUUGUGCCUCUCUUGCUAGUUCCUCCACGAGGUUUGUUUGUAACUUUGUAUCAUACUUGAUUUUUUUUUUUAUUUAAUUUGGUGCACUGUUAUUUAUCUAAUUAACAAGUAGACAGGAUUAUUGACUCUGUGGGAUUGAGGCUGGGACUCUUUUUAGCAUUAUUAUUGACCAAAAUGGUUUUGUUACUGUCAAGUUGUUGGGAAUAUGCUUCAAAAGAUGGGAAGGCAUCUGCUAAACGUGUUGCGUAUGGAGUCUGACUAAGCUGGAAUAAUUUGUAUGUGAUAAAGGCUUAUGUGUCAGUGACACAUCCUGAUUAUUUUAACGGCCUUCAUGUUUAGAUUUUUAGACUUGAUAGUAGUCCAUGCUAAUGUCAAAAGCCUGUGCUGGAAUGCCGAAGACCUCAUUCAUUUAGAAACUUUUUCUUUGUGGGGACGUGGCUAUGUAUAUAGUUAUAUGGGGGCUCUUGACAUUGUGGGCGUGAAACAUGCCCUAGUAUAUUAUGUGUUAAUUUCAUUAGUUUGAUCGGGUCUUAGUCAGGAAUAUGGAGAAAUGAUGUUGAUUACUAGUUCAAAAUUAUUUAACUGUUGAAAUUGUGGCAUUGACUUGUUUAGGAAUUGCAAAGUCAAAUAGUUGAAAAGGCCUGCUGAAACCAUUUUGUUGUCACUGAAAUAAACAUAGAUUUUAUGUAGGCUGGGGGAAGGAAGUUACAUUCAAUGUACUCCAAACUAGGAAGGAAAAUGAGAUUUGUAAUUCAUUUGUAGCAUUCAACAUCCAGAAGAUAUUCUUAAUUAAGGGGCUAAAAUGCACAUUAACCAGAAUGACCCAUUUGUCAUGAAGGAAGAGAUUCUGGGGAGUGACCAACGGCUUGCAGCCUGCUAUGGUUGUAUAGUUUGAGACGUAUGCUUUCAAAUUAGUUAUAACUCGUGCUGUAGAUUUUGAGACCGAAUACCAUGGAACUCUGGAUUUGUUACCAGUUCCUUAUUCCUGAUCUGUAUAAAUAGUAAAAGCAUAGGUGUGAGCUCUCUCAAAACGAUACUAAGGUUCCAACCGAUAUUUUUGGUUAAGACAUCUGUGCAUAUGUAUAUGAGUUACGGGGAUGAUGUCUGGUCUAUGCUGAAUAGAAACCUUUGAAAUAUCUACAGUACUGAUCACUAUGAUAAAGGCUAAGGAUUUUAAGUUACUGUUGGAUAAAUUUGGACAUGUAUUUCCAAAAUAUUUUGAUUGCAGAAUGAAGUAUGUAGUAAGUAAAAAAGGUCAAAAUACUUUAUAGAGUGAAAGAUAUCAAAGACUUGGGUAAUUCAAAUUUAUCAUGGCCAAUGUCCAAAGAAUCUUGUUUCUGAAUAGAACAUUUGGGAAUGUCGAUUUCUUACAUUGUUUUUCCAUUGAAAUCAUGCAAAUCUUAUCAUCCUUAUUCAUUUCCCUGGACCAGGCACAUGACUUUUCUUUGUGGUAGAGGAGGGGUCUAUGCACUUGGUGCUGUGGCUGCAAACUACUGCAGAGAUCAGCAAAGGCGUGAUUUUUAUCUGGAUAGUUUCCUGGAGGUCGCACGGGAUAGAGACCUCCCAAUUGGACCUGAAGAUGGUGGAUUUGGAAUGUCAUAUGAUCUAUUGUAUGGGCGUGCUGGCUUUCUGUGGGCAGCUUUAUUUAUAAACAAACACUUGGGAGCAGAGACAGUUCCUAAUGAUCUCCUUAUGCCAGUAGUUGCUGCUGUAUUAGCAGGAGGUCGGGCAGGUUCUUCUGUGAACACAGCAUGCCCAUUGAUGUAUAGAUGGCAUGGAACGAGGUACUGGGGUGCAGCCCACGGCCUUGCUGGUAUUCUGCAUGUGUUACUUCACUUCCCAACCCUUUCAAGAGAUGAUAUUGAAGAUGUUAAAGGGACCCUAAGGUACAUGAUGAGCAAUCGGUUUCCCCACAGCGGGAAUUACCCUGUAAGUGAAGGAAACCCGAGGUGCAAUCUGGUGCAGUGGUCUCAUGGUGCAACUGGCAUUGGUAUUACCCUGUGCAAAGCAUCAGAGAUGUUACCGAAUGAUCGGGAGUUCCGGGAUGCAGCCAUAGAGGCUGGGGAAGUGGUGUGGAAGAGUGGGUUAGUUAAGAAGGUUGGUCUAGCUGAUGGUGUUGCUGGGAACACUUACGCAUUUCUCUCUCUCUAUCGGCUUACAGGAGAAAGCAUCUAUCUAGACCGGGCCAAGGCAUUCGCAAGCUGCUUAUAUCACAAUCAAAGAAAUGCCUUGAAUUUGAGCCCUUCGAUUGGUGCAGAUAGUACCUACUCUCUUUUCCAAGGACUAGCCGGAGUUGCUUGCUUAUGGUUCGAUUUACUUGCACCAGAGAAAUCUAAAUUUCCGGGCUAUGAAAUUUAGGCUGGUUUAGUUUUGUGGCAAGAAUUUGAAAGACACGAAUCAGGUAGGGUGUGCUUUCAGAUUUCUUCCACGACAGCUUUUAAGUGGUGCCCAGCUGAGCUGAGGAUUGCGACUUUGCCGUAUGAUACUAACCUUGUGUAUAGCGCUAAGGUUUAUGCGUGGACCUUGAUGUUUUCUUCACUGUAAAAUGUUCCUUCUGGGAAGAAAAAUAAUGGAGAAGCAACACGAUGAUUUGGUAUAACUUUUAUGUUUGUUCUGCAGUCCAAGUUGUGAGUUAAUACACCGAGUUCUGAAUGGUCAGUUUGUUUAACUUUCACAAGUUAAGGUGUACAUGCGCAAUGGUUUCUUAUGAUGUUCCAGAAGCAAAAAAAGAGAUUUGGGACUUUAAAUGCCUCAUCCAAAUAAUAAUAAUUGAUGAAAAUCUUAGCUAAGACAGAAAUGAGACUCCAUCGGUAAGUGGCAACAUUCCAACUCCAUGUCUCCUCGAUGCCGAAAAUGAAGCUUACAUUUCCAGAUUGGUCAAUUUUCCAUUUGAAGAGGGGAUUAUUAGGAGGAAUGAGGAAAGGCAGAGUGGAUAGUGGAUCAUUGGCAACAUAACAAUGGAAUACCCAAUUGUCAUUAUCGUGGCACAAACAAAAUCACAAUCUUUUAGCACUUAGCAGUUGGGACCAUUUUGGAUGCCGAAUCCAAUACCCUUUGCAAGUGAGAAUAUUUUCGACUACUUUUUCUGGUCAUUUCUCUGCUUUGUACUCCGCCGACUUUUUUGUACUCUGCCGACUUUUCCUAAAGUGUAAAUGGAAACUCCACACACCUAAAUCCAAUAAAGCAUGAUUUUUACUGCUUGGUGAUUAGACAAAUGGUAUCACAGAAUUUCGAAUAUGUAGUACUAGCUUCUUCUUCUUCUUGCAAAAAAUCGACAAGACAAUGUGACUGCUAUACAUAUGUA